AUGGCGUCGAGUUCGAGCCAACCAAGCCAAUUGCUCUAUGCAUGCAUCGCCCAUGGAACCACCAUCCUCACCGAGCAUACAGCCCCUGGCACCUCGUCGUCUUCGGCCUCGUCGCUCGCCUCCGUCAUUCUCCCCAAGAUCUCCCAUUCCACCCCUGCGAAACUUACCUACACACAUGAUCGUCUGUUUGUUCACUACAUAGCGGACUCGCCUUCCUCAACCUCGAAUGGCUCGGACGAGCAGAUAUCCAGCCAUGCAGCCAUCACCUACCUGGUCGUCGCCCAGACAGAGAUGGGUCGGCGAGUGCCCUUCGCUUUCUUGCUGGAGCUCAAGAAGAAGUUUUUGGCACAGUACAAACCUGAGUCUACCGAUUUCUCGUCAUUGCCCGCGUAUGGCACCGCGGCGUUCAAUUCUACACUCAAAGCGAUGAUCCAACAGUACAACACCGCACCACCGAGUGAUGCACUGACAAACGCCCGUAAAGAGAUUGACAGUGUCAGGGACAUUAUGACUGAAAACAUUGAGCGGGUCCUGGAGAGGGGCGAGAGGAUUGACCUGUUGGUGGACAAGACAGAUCGUCUGGGAGGCAGUGCGCGGGAUUUCCGUGUGAGAAGUAGAGGAUUGCGGCGGCAGAUGUGGUGGAAGAACGUGCGGGUGAUGGUGCUGCUCGUGGUGGUUGUCAUCUUCCUGAUAUAUUUGUUCGUAGGGUUCGGCUGUGGAUUGCCAGCCUGGAGCAAAUGUGUUGGUUGA